AUGAGAUUAAUCGUCCCUCUCUACAGUGAAGCCUCCAGCCCCAAGCCCCCAUCAAGGAUACUCCCCCCCAAAGGAAAGAGGGCCGUACGGCGUUGGGAACGUACUGGAAAACCCAAGUCCCGAUCGGGCUGCGGGACCUGUAAGAUCAGAAGGGUCAAAUGUGACGAGGCUAGACCAAUAUGUGUCCGAUGUGCUAAGGGAAGAUUCGAUUGCGACGGUUACAACAGCGACACCAAUGGAGAAGCGAGUGACUCCAAUGGCUUAUCAAGCGGCACUGAGAGUUCUAUUAGCGACGUGUCCGCGUCACCUGGAGCCCCUGGAACCUCUGCAAUAACUCUAAACCUGACCCCGAGUCCCGGAUUAAAUCACUCCGAAUCCUGCACAUGGCAUGGACCUACUUCAUCGUUCUCUCCGCACGUAUCGUCCUGCAGCCCCGUCUACCUUGAGCACUUUAACCAAAAUGCAAAUCUCAGUAAUGCACUAUUCAGCUACAGUGAACAUUACUCCUGCAUUAUCCUUCAAGAGACCCUUCAAGACGAGUGUAUUCAACACGCCGUGCUGGCCCUUGGGGCGUUCUUUUACAGUGGCUUUAUCUUGAGCCAAAAUGAUUUACAGGUGGAGAUGGCCAACCACCACAGGCACCAAUCUCUUCAGCUCUACAACAUUGCACUGCACACUUUCCGAAAGCGCAUACAGAACUUGAUCGGUACCACGUCCCGAUGGAUAGUUCUCAUGACCCCGCUGUUAGCCAUGUAUGAGCUGCUCCAGGGUGAUUUCGAUGCUGCAGAUCAACUACUUCACAGCGCGGUUGAAGCACUCAGCUCUUCAGGAGAUAUAUCCCACAUUUCGGCCUGUGAGAGCUCUAAUAUGUUUUCUUAUACAAGUCUGCAAACUGUCGGAGACUCAAUACCUCUAUUCACGAUGACCAGUAAACAAAACUGUCAUGCAGACCGACCGGGGGAUUCUGUUGUAUUUUUCGACUCAGACCUGCUUUCCGCUGUCAAUGAAGUUGCAAGCUUUGAUGAGGGGUAUCAUGGGGAUAUGCUUCAUAACCAGUCGAUGCAGGAUAAUGAUUAUGGCUGGAUGAUUUGGUGCCGAUAG